AUGGGCAAGAUUCAGCGUCAAGGCCGCAAGCACCAUUCAACAUUCGGCAAAUCGACCGUGGUCAGGAGGCAGCACAGCCAUCAACAAGCGCAAAGUCCCGCCAACUUGAAAGCUGCAGCCUCUCCCAGCGGAGGCCAACAACAUGGUCGGCCACAGGCCCGGGUGAAGGUGCCGUUUACCAAGCAUGACAAUGUGCUACUUGUUGGCGAAGGAGAUUUUUCAUUCUCGCUGUCGUUGAAACUACACCACAAAGUGCGCCAGAUGGUAGCUACCUGCUACGACUCAAAAGAGGUCCUCCAGAGCAAGUACCCGGAGGUUCAGAAGACAACGACACAGCUCCAGUCGGAUGGACACCAGGGAGAUGAAAUUGACGAGGGCACAAACGACAACGAGGAUGAAUGGAAAGGGUUUUCUCCUUCACCGCCGAAUUCUCCCAUUCACAAACAACCCAAAGACCCGAACAGAAUCCUGGAUGAGAACCCUGUCCACGUCCUCUAUGGCAUCGAUGCAACCAAGCUCUCUUCGGCGCACAAGAAGGCCCUGCGGCCAUAUUCUCCAUUCACCAAGAUUGUCUUCAACUUCCCACACGUUGGAGGUCUCAGUACAGACGUGAACAGGCAAGUCCGGUACAACCAAGAACUGCUGGUAGGAUUUUUCCAGUCGGCCAAGCCACUGCUCUCUUCCCGAAACCGUCCGGCAACGAUACGGCAGGCGGAAGCGGAUGACAUGAGUGAUUACAAUUACGAUGAUACGUCAGAGACAUCAGAAGGUCGCAACCCUGGGGCGGUGAAUGGUCAGAUUCUCGUCACCCUGUUUGAGGGCGAGCCUUACACGUUGUGGAAUAUCCGGGACUUGGCCCGUCACUGCGGCCUCAAGGUCGUGGAGAGCUUCAAGUUCCCCUGGUCUGCUUACCCCGGGUACCACCAUGCUAGGACUGCGGGGGACAUCGUCACCGGCAAAGACAGGAGUGACGAAGGAAAGAGGAGGGGCGCCUGGAGAGGAGAGGAGCGCGAUGCACGGUGCUACGUGAUGGAGGACCAGAAUGCGGAGCCGGAGGAUGUGGUGUCUCGCAGACGGAAGAGAAGAAGGAAGCAGGGGAGUGAGGACAGUGACAGCGACUGA